AUGGAAGCCAUUUCAAAACUUCCCUAUACACAUCAACCAAUAAGGUCCAUUAGUUUUCCCACAAGAGGAAACCCUUCUUCUCAAACAACUGAAUCACUUCUAAACAACCUAAAGCACCAUCAUCAACACUUUCUCUCAAACAACAUUCAUUUGGAAGCAAACAAAAUUCAAAGUGACUUAGUGGAGCUUGCAAGGAUUUACAAUUCCAUAGAAGAACUCUUCAAUUCUCAACAAACCAAACAAUGUCUUCUACGCUACCAAGAUGGAAAACUCAUAUCAGAUUCUCUGUGUUACUCAGUCACAUUGCUAGACGCUUGCGAGUGUUCGAGAGAUUUAUUGUUUGUUUUUAGAGAACACAUGCAAACACUUCAAUCAGCAAUACGUAGAAGAAGAAAAGGUGAUUCAAGUAUUGAAAACAGUGUUUCUUGUUAUGAAAGUUUCAGAAAGAAAGCAAAGAAGAAAGUUUCAAACCAACUUUUGGAGCUAAAGAAAAUGCAGAACAAAGUUAACUCAUUUUCUCUAUCCGAUCAAGAUCAACAAUUAGCAUUUUUGGUUAGAGUUUUAAGAGAAGCAAAUUCAAUCACUAUAUCUAUAUUAUGUUCUGUGCUACUUUUUGUGUCUAUGGCAGCAUUUGGAACAAAAGGCUCGUCAUUGAUUUCGAAGUUGAAGCCUUUGUUUUCUUAUGAGAAAGAAGGGAAGAACAAAAAUGAGGUUGAAGAUCUCAACAAUGCUUUGUGUUCUCUUGUUGGAAGAGAGAAAAAUAGUGAUUAUUCUAAUAGUGAAAGUCAAAGGGUAUUAAGAUUGUUAGAGAGAUUGAAUGAUAAUGUUGAUAGUUUGGAAGGUGGGUUAGAUUGUUUAUUUAGAUGUUUGGUGAAAAAUAGAGUGUUGUUUCUUAAUAUGCUAGCUCUUUAG